AUGGCGCAUACCUUGGCACCGUAUUUGGAGGUCAUCCGCCACACGCUGAAUGCCGCCCUUUGCUUGCAGAACUACCCGUCGCAGGUGGUGGAGCGGCAAAGUCGGCCUGAGAUUGAGUUCAAGGACACUGCGGCGGUGAUCCUCAAACCGCUUGUGAUUGCGAGGGAUGAGAAUGAGAAGUGUUUGAUUGAAGCUUCGGUGAAUGCGGUGAGAGUCAGCAUCAAGGUGCGUCAGUCAGAUGACACAGAGAAGCUCCUUUGUCGCAAGUUCGCCAGCUUCUUCACUCAGCGAGCGGAGCAUUUCGUGAUCCUACGGCGAAAGCCCGUGGAGGGGUAUGACAUUAGCUUUUUGAUCACCAAUACCCACCUCGAGGAAAUGAUGAAAGAUCGCAUUGUGGACUUCAUCAUUGAGUUUAUGGAGGACGUCGACAAGGAGAUCAAGGACUUGAAGAUUGCGUUAAACACCCGGCUUCGGGCCGCAGCACCAAAGCUGCAACAAACCACCCUUGUUCAGACUGAAAUUUGUGGAACAUCAGGAGCCAUUUUUUCACAUGCCUUUUGGGCGCGGCAAGGGUUGGAUCCAAUGGCACCAUUUGGAACCAUUGUAAGAGUCUUGUUAUCAUUUCACUUGCCUACUGUAAGAGUCUGGGAGUCUGGGAUGUUAUGUCCUACUGUGCACUUUCAUUCUUGAUUGAUCGAUCAGUCUUGUCCCUGGUGUGUCAGAACCCUCUCUUGGGUUUACUUGGGAAUUGGCAUUGCAGGCAUAGAUAGUUUGAUCAUCUAUUUCCGACAUUUUGCUGCCUGAAUCGUG